AACCAAACCAUGGGCUAAGUCUAACAACUCCCAUCAAACAUAAGUAGGGAGGCCUCUUAAAUCAAGAAUCAAGUUCUGAGGUCUGUCCAAGCCAUACGAUAUCUUUGUAUUAGUGAAUAAGAAAGAAGGAGGUUUAACUGACCAUGUUGGGAAAAAAAUCGACGCCGGUGAUCGGUAUGCUCACGGGAUCAUUGGUUUCCGGUUGUCGGCCUAGGGGUGUCCACGUCACAACUAGCCCAAGAAGUCACCUUGAGGCCAAGACUCAAUCUCCAAGAGGGCUUAAAAGUUUUGAUCUUGGUGGGGUGGGAUUAGGCAUCGUGGCGGCCCUCGAGAAGUCGGGCGAUGGUCGGGGUGAUGUUCCGGCUAAUAAGGCGUUAUUCAGUCGAAAUUUGAGCCGAUCCAACCCGAUUCCGGUCAUUUCACCAAAGAAGUCAUCUGGAUAUAAAGAAAACUUGGAGGAGGUAGAGAGGCAGAGUUGGGAGGAGUAUACUAUUGUGACCUGCCAUGUCCCAAACAAGUCAUACACGAAGGUGUACUUUGAUGCCAAAAAAGGUGAUGAAAGGAGCCCUUUUAGGAUAAGUAGCAGCAUGAAGAGUACCCGGGCCAGCGUUUUUCACAUAGCUCCGCCAAGAUUUGGGGAGGCCACCGGAGUUCUGGCUGCCGAUUUUCUCAGCUCAUGCGGUAUGUGCCAGAAGAAGCUCCAAGGCGAAGACAUAUACAUGUACAGGGGAGAGAAAGCAUUCUGCAGCACAGAGUGCAGAUACAGGCAAAUAGUUAUGGAUGAGCGCAAAGAGAAGUGCAGCUCAGAAGCCUCCAGGCCGGUCGAUGUCUCCUCCUCGCCUUACGCUAACGGCCAGAACUUCACCGUCGGAAUUCUGGCAAUUUAGUCUGAACAUACAUGGGUAGCGAUUAGCUAGCCAUGCCAUCAACAUACUAGUAUGAGUAGAGUACAUAUAUAUAUAUGUAUACUCCGGAUUAUUACACCGUUAUACAUAUGGGAAACAGCUCGUCAAUGGAGCUACCCUUUUUGUCUCUC